AUGCCCAGCUCUCUCGACCAGCUCAAGGCCUCUGGCACUGUCGUUGUCAGUGACUCUGCAAUUGCCAAGUACAAGCCUCAAGAUGCCACCACCAACCCAUCCCUCAUCCUUGCCGCCUCAAAGAAGGCUGAGUAUGCUAAGCUGAUCGACUCCGCUGUCGCAUACGCCAAGACAAAGGGCGGCGACGUCGACCAGCAGGUCGAUGAUGCCCUCGACCGUCUCCUGGUCGAGUUCGGCAAGGAGAUCCUCAAGAUCGUUCCUGGCAAGGUCUCCACCGAGGUCGAUGCCCGCUUCUCCUUCGACACCAAGGCCUCCGUCGACAAGGCCCUGCACAUUAUCGAGCUCUACAAGGAGCAAGGUAUCUCCAAGGACCGCAUCCUGAUCAAGAUCGCCUCCACCUGGGAGGGUAUCAAGGCUGCCGAGAUCCUGCAGCGCGACCACGGCAUCAACACCAACCUGACCCUCAUGUUCUCCCUGACCCAGGCCAUCGCCGCCGCCGAGGCCGGUGCCUUCCUGAUCUCCCCCUUCGUCGGCCGUAUUCUUGACUGGUUCAAGGCCCACACCAAGAAGGAGUACGCCAAGGAGGAGGACCCCGGUGUUGCCAGCGUCAAGGCCAUCUUCAACUACUACAAGAAGUACGGCUACAAGACCAUCGUCAUGGGUGCUUCCUUCCGAAACACCGGCGAGAUCACUGAGCUCGCUGGCUGCGACUACCUCACCAUCUCGCCCAACCUGCUCGAGGAGCUCAUGAAUUCCGACGCCGAUGUCCCCAAGAAGCUCGACGCCUCUGCUGCCUCGUCUCUCGACAUUGAGAAGAAGAGCUACAUCUCCGACGAGCCCCUCUUCCGCUUCGACUUCAACGAGGACCAGAUGGCCGUCGAGAAGCUGCGCGAGGGCAUCAGCAAGUUCGCCGCUGACGCCGUCACGCUGAAGGGCAUCAUCAAGUCCAAGAUCACCGCAUAA